AUGGCGCUCGAUCAGGCCAACAGCGCCAGCCAUGGCUAUACCCUCACAGCUCUUAACCGAUGGUCGGUUGCAAACAAGAAGCUGCCUCCCGUUGGCAAAAUUAAUACCGUCCACGUUUACGACUUCGAUAAUACCUUAUUCCAAACUCCUCUACCUAACCCUAAGAUAUGGAACGCCUCGACUCUAGGUUUAUUAGGCACCCCCUAUGUCUUCAUCAACGGCGGUUGGUGGCACGAUUCGAGGAUAUUAGCUGCGACUGGCGAGGGUGUAGAACAAGAAGAGAAACGAGCGUGGAAUGGCUGGUGGAACGAGAAGAUUGUGGAGCUGGUUCGUCUGAGCAUGAAGCAGGACGAUGCACUCUGUGUUCUACUGACGGGACGGUCCGAGCACGGAUUCUCCCAACUGAUAAAACGAAUCGUUGCGAGCAGAGGACUCGAAUUCGACUUAAUUGGUCUGAAGCCCUCUGUUGGUCCCAACAACGAGCGUUUUCCGAGUACCAUGGUCUUCAAACAAGCCUUCCUCCGGGCCGUAUUAGGAACCUACAAAACAGCAUCGGAGAUACGCGUUUACGAAGACCGCCCCAAGCAUGUUGCUGGUUUUCGCGAUUUCCUAGCCGACUACAAUUCACAGCAAAUCAGUAUUGGACGAUCUCCAAUUACCGCUGAGGUCAUUCCGGUCUCCGAAUUGUCUACGACUCUCGACCCCGUCGUCGAAGUAGCAGAAGUACAACAUCUGAUCAACGUCCAUAACGAAUUGGUCAAGAAGAAAGGAAGCGAUGCUCGAGGCGCGCCUCUGACUAUUAAGAAGACGGUCUUUUUUACGAGUUACAUGAUCGCGCCAGACGAUACAAAAAGGCUCAUCAAACUUCUAAACUCCCAGGUGCCGGACGUUACGGAUUUGAAGUACCUUGCUAAUACCAUACUCAUCACUCCGCGUCCUUGCCCGAAGAACAUUUUGGACAAGAUAGGUGGUAUGAACUCCAAGAUGAAGUGGGAGGUCGUUGAUAUCGGCUCUCUUCAGGGCAAUAUCUGGGCGGCGCGCGUGAGGCCCGUACCGGCCAACGCCACUUACCAUACAGACAACCCAUCGCCUUCCGUCGUAUUAGGCUUGAGAAGAGGUGCCCGCCCGCCGGACGUUAACAAAAUCCGGAACUGGCAGCCGAUCCCGCCCGAUAAAUCCUUCGUGUUCGAGACGACGGUGGGCGAGAAAUACAUGCUUCGCAUCGAGCGGGAGGAUCAGGACGGAGACCAGUACGAGAGCCAACACGAGAAAUUCUCGCACAGGGGCUCGAAGCGCAAGUUCCCUGGCGACGACGACCGCCAUUCCCGCCAGCACGGCGGGAACUUCGGCAAUAAUAACGCCCGCGAUUACCAUACUUCGACCCAUCAGGGACACGGACGAAGCGGAGGAGGCGGUGAUAAUCGCGGCCGCGGCGGUUACAGAGGUGGCAACGCCUCGAGAGGGAACCGCGGCGGCGGUCGCGGAGGCUUCAAGGGCUCCGGAAGAGGCGGCAAAGGCGGAGCGCACGGAUACCGGUCUCUCGACGACGUGGAAACGCGCGAGAAUCCCCAGAGCGGAUUCAACCCGUCCACGGUGUCGUACGACGACACUUUCCCCUCGCUACAGGGUGGUGGUGUUGGUGGUAGUGGUAGUAGUGGUCCGCCGCACCCCCAGCUCCAGCCCCCUCUGCCGAUCGCUCCGCAGCAGUACGGCCAGCUGUUCCCCCAGCACGGUCAGUGGCCGGCUCCGGGGGGACCGCCUCCGCCGCCAUCCGCGCAGUCUCGGCCCAUAGGAGGUCCCGGACCGGAUUUACAAAGUUUUUACUAA